GCAGAUAUUGUCUGACUGGAAACAAAGGUAUAAAUAUAACCUGAGGGCCAGGCAGAGGAGGAUCAGCAUAGUAUCUGUCUGCCUUCAUGUAAAGACAGAACAGCAGAAGCAAGAGCAUCCAAUGCAGCCAGGGAGCUAUCUGGGAGCAUCUGCCUACGCUUUCCCAUGGCUUGUUUAGAUAAGUGUCACUGCUCUGUAGACAACAGGAGGCACAGCAGUAUCCUAUACAACAUCCUAAAGAAUGAGGAGCACAAGGAUUCACACAAAGGCAAGAAGGAUGAUCAUACAGGAGGGUAUGGACAAGGCUGUUCCUGUGGCUCUCAGAAGAAAGUCAGUCUUAAGAGCCCCCAAGUCACCUGCAAAGCUGCCUCAGCAGUGCUAGUAAAGACCCUAAGGUUUGUCAAGAGCCUGCCCUGCUUCCAGGAGCUGCCCCUGGCUGAUCAACUACUGUUGGUCAGGAGCUGCUGGGCUCCUCUACUGGUGCUGGGACUUGCACAGGACAAGGUAGACUUUGAGACUGUUGAAACUUCAGAGCCUAGUAUGCUACAAAGGAUUUUAACUGACAGGCAUGGAGCAGAGAGGAAGCAGAACCAAGACCAUCAGGAGGCACUACUACAUGGAAAUAACCUGCAGCAGCAACAAAAAGUCAUGCAUCUGCCAACAGCCACUGAGAUCAGGUGGAUCAAGGAGUUCUUAGAGAAGUGUUGGAGCCUAGGGAUUAGCACCAAAGAGUACGUCUAUCUAAAAGGGAUUGUACUAUUUAAUCCAGAUUUGUCUGGACUGCACUGUGCUCGGUAUAUCCAAGGAUUACAACAGGAAGCCCACCAAGCCUUAAAUGAGCAUGUAAAGAUGAUCCAGAGAUGGGAUCACGCCAGAUUCACCAAGUUAAUUAUCGUUUUGUCCUUGCUAAGAUCCAUCAACCCCAACGCCAUUGCUGAACUCUUCUUUAGACCUAUUAUUGGCUCUGUGAAUAUGGACGACAUGUUAUUAGAGAUGUUGGGUUCAAAAAUAUAACUGUUAGCCACUGGCAGACUUUUAUUUAAAGUGGAGCAUUAAUAUGAUAGGAAGUGUACAUAAUCCAUGCUUGAUGAAAGGGGCAGCUGCACAGAAGCCUAACCUGAUCCCUAGACCUGUUCAGUUUGGCUGCUAUGAAUUGUGUGCCCCUCAGUAGACUUUCUGUACAAUAUAGAACUUUCAUGGUACAUAGUGUGCUUGACCUACUUGGUUUCUGGCUUUCUACAGCAAAGCAUAUAUAGCACUUAAAAAUGUUCAUAAAAUACCAUACUAAAGUGCAAUGCAGUUGUUAUUAAUGACGGUGAAUCAUUUAUUGUGAUAAAAAAAUGGGCCAUAUUUGGCAUCUUAUUUCACUGGAAUAAUACAUUGUAUGAUUGCUUAGGCUAUACUUAUACAAAUACAGUAUGUAGAUGUAUAAGAUUGUGGAGCCAAAGGUUAUAUACCUAAGAUCAUUUCCAGCAUAGUGUGCUGGUGCAAACAAAUGGUAGUCAAUUUAAAGAGAUACAUACCGUGCCAUGUGUGGUAUGCUUGAUAAGUAAACUAAUAAGGGCUACGUGUAUGUCAGUUCCUUUGCACUUAAGUUAUAUGGUUGAAGCUUUGAAAUGUUAAUACUGUUAAAAUAAUACAUAGUAGCAGACAAGCCUUUGCACUUAUUAUAAAGGAGCAAGCCUAUGUUAAAGAUGAGCUGUCAGCUCUCCUGAUAUGUCUAUUCUCUGAUACCACUCCUGGAAAUCUAUAUAUAUUGCCUUUACACGGUCCGACACUCUUUUCAUUGACUGGACUCUGUAGUGACAUGUCUCAUUGAGAAGAAUGGUAUCCCCUAGUUGUAAAUUUAAGUAAAGAAGAAUGUGUUUCUAUGAUCCUGUAGAUAGAAAAGUGAAAAUAUUGAGAGUCUUCAGAAGUUUACACCCAUCAAUGGCUAACACAAAAGCUGAUGAUAAAUAGCAAACUUUUGCAACUACUAAGGUCCCUUCAUCAGGUUCAUGAGGACUAGGGCUAUGUGUACAUUGCAUUUGGGUGAACACUUUUAUUGUAUGUGCCAUGUGUUAGAGAUGUAGUUUGGAUGAGUACUUCACUUGUAUACCUCAGGUGUAUAUAAGAAAUGCAGCGUGAACGUAGACGUACAAUGGCAAAAAUGUUGUUUUAUGGAGGAUGCACUUAUUUACUAAACAUAAAAGUCAGAUCAAAAGACAGUUCCUCUUUAACCGCUUAAUGCAGAUGGAUAUACAAGCUGUACUGCUGCUUUCAUUAGCCGUCACUCACUGCUAAUGAGAAACAUCAGUGAUCAUACUGAGGGUGGUCUUUUAACCCUUUAAAUGUUGUUCUCAAUAGAGAUUGUAACAUUAAAAGGGCUAAGAGACAGGUUCUGCUCCUGUCUGGUGCAUACCCCAAUGGUGCUGUUUGGUUACUAUAGCUGUCAGAGGCCUUUACUAGGCUCCAUGUCUGCCAUACAGUCUACUUAUACAGUCUGCUUCAAACACCAAGAUAACUGAUCAAUGCAAUGUCAUUUUUUAGAAAAAGAUAACAUGUCAGUUUUACUGUAAUGUACACUGUGUUAAAACAAAACUCCCACAAUUUUAAUGCCAAUUUAGUGGUCCCUCAAGUUACAAUAUUAAUUGGUUCCAGGACGACCAUUGUAUGUUGAAACCAUUGUAUACUGAGACCAGAACUCCAUGGAAACCUGGUAAAUGGUUCUGAAGCCACCAAAAUGUCAUCCAAAAAUAGGAAAAAUUGAGGAUUAAAGAAAAAUAAGUGGAUAACUAAUAUAGAUAAAGCAAGUCCAUACAUAUAAAAGUAAGAAAGAUCUGCUGGAAGCUGUAAAUCACUGUCUAUCUAGAGGACAUGAGCUUAUUCAGGGUCCUUUACAGUGCACACAGUGUCCUAAAAAGUAAAAUGGAGCCGCCCUCACCUGGUGUCCAAAGAAGCAGCUAACCCUGGCACAGGUAAAGAGUAGCACAGAACAUGUAAUACCACACUGUAUUGUAGGGAGGAGCUACCAGACAGGAAUUCAGUGCAUGCACUUCAGUAAUACAGGUGUUUUACCAGUAAAAUGCCCAUUCUGAUUGGUCAGCUCUUUCAGCCAUUGACACGUUUCACAGAUCUGGACUGUCCGUAGCAUUGUAUGUUGAGUCUGGUUUCAAGUUACAAUGGUCCAAAAAAGACCAUUGUAUGUUGAAACUAUAGUAUGUUGAGGCCAUUGUAAGUUGAGGGAUCACUGUAUACAUAGAAUUGGUCAUGCUAAAAAAUAAAACAAAAGAAUUAUAGCAAGUAGACAACAAGGAGAGAGAAAAAAAAAAAAAAGAAGAAGAUUGGCCUGGUCGUUAAGGGGUUAAAAAGACACUAAGCAUAGGAAAUCUGAAAAUAAAUAAGCAUAAAAAUCCCAGAAAUCCCUCCCUUAUUCUGCUCUAUUUAUUUAAUCUUAUUAAUUUAUAUCUCAAUUAAACAGAAAAAAAAGUAAACAGAUCAUCAGAUUAACCCUUGUAACUUGUGCAGAAUUUCUAUAAGAAUGUUAGUUUCAGGAAUAUGCAGAAAAACCUGUAGCCAGACAAGAGACGGGAGCAAGAUUAUCUUUGAUUUACUGUGUUUAUUUCUAGGUUAAGCGCUCCUUUAAUGGCUCAUAUAGUAAGGAACACCUAUGUGCAUUUACAAACUACCACUCAGCCUUCAGUGUUCACUGAGGUAUUGUAGCAGUUUUAAAUGUUUUUUUAUAGCAUAAAAAACAUUACCACAUAUAUAAUUCCUGCUUCUUCAUUGUUAACUGUUUCUUAAACAGCCUCUCUGUGAGAUGUUAUUGUUUUCUCAUGUCUUUUAUUAUCAAAGCAAAACCUAUGAAACUGUUUCAGUUAUUGUGGUCUAAAGUUAUUGUAAAAUAUGUAACUUAUUGUUUUUACAAAGACAAUAUUUUUUUAUUGCAAUAAAAAUAUUCU